CCAACUUGUGAUGAGAUGUGGCUUGUUUCAGUAAGAUUUCUGUCAUCCAUCUUCCCUAGAAUCAAGCACCCAAACAUUGUUUCACUGGAAGACAUCUUUGAGAGUAUGUCUCAUCUAUACCUUGUCAUGCAACUAGUUUCUGGUGGCGAACUUUUCGACCGGAUUGUGGAGAAAGGGUUCUACACAGAGAGGGACGCCAGCCAGCUCAUCCACCAGAUCUUGGAUGCUGUAAAAUAUCUCCACGAUAUGGGAAUCGUCCACAGAGACUUGAAGCCAGAGAAUUUACUGUAUUACAGUAUGGACGAGGACUCCAAGAUCAUGAUCAGUGACUUCGGUCUGUCGAAGAUCGAGGGAGCGGGCAGCGUCAUGUCCACGGCGUGUGGUACGCCUGGUUAUGUGGCCCCCGAAGUGCUCGCUCAGAAACCAUACAGUAAAGCCGUGGAUUGUUGGUCCAUAGGAGUUAUCUCUUACAUUUUACUCUGUGGAUAUCCUCCGUUUUACGACGAAAACGAUGCCAAGUUAUUUGAGCAGAUUCUGAAAGCAGAGUAUGAAUUCGACUUGCCAUACUGGGAUGACAUCUCAGAUUCAGCCAAAGACUUCAUCUGUCAUAUGAUGGAAAAGGACCCCAUGAAGAGGUAUACCUGUGAGCAGGCUCUCCAACAUCCUUGGAUAUGUGGUGACACAGCCCUGGACAAGAAUAUCCAUGAAUCUGUCAGCGCUCAAAUCAAGAAGAACUUUGCCAAAAGUAAAUGGAAGCAAGCAUUCAAUGCCACGGCGGUGGUGCGACACAUGCGGAGGCUGCAGCUGGGCACCAGUCUCGAGGGACCGAGUCAGAUUACUCCCACCAGUCCCUGCCAUGGACAUCUGCUCCCAGAGGAGGAGGUGGAGGAAGAGGAGGAUGAACUGGGGAACGAGGAGGAGGAGAGCUUGUCGCACUACGAGGAUGGUCGCCGUGGAAGUAACGAGGGCAGCACGGAUCGGGACAGCCUGAGAAGCUGCACCUACUGCUGCAGGCCAACCAGUCGCAUCUGAGCAAAGCCUCCUGGUGUCAUGAUGAUUAAGUGUCUUUGGAGCACCCAGAACCCGCCCACCCAGUCUGGCCAGUAAGGCAGAGUAGAUAUUAGUCAAUGUCCGCCAGAGCACAUACCCAGACAACAGUUCUCCUCUCUUUCUUUUUUUUCUUUUCUUUUUGUAAGAACCAAAUGUUUUUUUUUUUUUUUCUUAUGUUCAAGUAAAUCAUUUCAGUACUUUAAGAAAAGUAUUUGCCCAAUUACAGA